AUGAAAUGCCUUAAGCCACGCCAAGCACGGUGGGCCUUGUUCUUCGCACAUUUUAAUUUCCAGAUCGCCUAUCGCCCCAGCACCCAGAACGGAAAGGCCAACGCUCUUUCCCGGAGGGACUCGGAUUCUGGGAAUGAUGGUUCGGAGCCAUUGCCCAUGUUGACCUCAACCAAUUUUGUCCAGGGAACCUGGGAGCAGGACUUUCAGGCACAGGUGCGCCUAGCCGUGCGCCAGGAUCCAUUCACAAAAGACUGGUUGGAUACUGGCCCAGUGCCUUCAGGACCAGGGGGUGCACCGUUUGAUGUCUGGGAUGGGCGUGUGUACCAUCACGGCCGACUCUACAUUCUGGAGGGGCUGCUCCGGUCCCAGGUCCUUGAGCAGUGCCACGAUGUGUGA